AGCAAAAAGCCAGCGCCCCAGAACACGCUUAAGACAACGCCGAAUGAGGGGGAACGGGAAAUGCCGACCAAUUGCGCCGCGGCGGGCUGUGCUACUACCUACAACAAGCACAUUAACAUCAGCUUCCACAGGUUUCCUUUGGAUCCUAAAAGAAGAAAAGAAUGGGUUCGCCUGGUUAGGCGCAAAAAUUUUGUGCCAGGAAAACAUACUUUUCUUUGUUCAAAGCACUUUGAAGCCUCCUGUUUUGACCUAACAGGACAAACUCGACGACUUAAAAUGGAUGCUGUUCCAACCAUUUUUGAUUUUUGUACCCAUAUAAAGUCUAUGAAACUCAAGUCAAGGAAUCUUUUGAAGAGAAACAACAGUUGUACUCCAACCGGACCAUCUAAUUUAAAAUCAAACAUUAGUAGUCAGCAAGUCCUGCUCGAACACAGUUAUGCCUUUAGGAAUCCUAUGGAGGCAAAAAAGAGGAUAAUUAAACUGGAAAAAGAAAUAGCAAGCUUAAGAAGGAAAAUGAAAACUUGCCUACAAAAAGAACGCAGAGCAACUCGAAGAUGGAUCAAAGCCACAUGCUUGGUGAAGAAUCUAGAAGCAAAUAACAUAUUACCUAAGGGCACAUCAGAACACAUUUUACCAACUGCCUUAAGCAGUCUUUAUUUGGAAGAUUUCAAGAUUCUUGAACAAGAUCAGCAAGAUAAAACAUUACCAAUUCUCUAAACCUAAGCAGACCAAAAGCACCUUCAUUUAAAGUUAAUCUGCAUAGAUCUUGAUGCCCAUCUUUAAUUUUGUUCAAAGAUAGAUAUGUAAGGAAAUUAUGCCAGAAUUGGGUAUUUAAGUUUUACUUGAAGCAGCACUAUUACUAUAUAAUUUAUGAAGAUUUGAUUACAAAAAAAUGGAAAACUUUCCAUGAAACUUUUAUUUGAAAAAGAAUGGAAGUGCCUUACAUGAGAGUUAACUACUUAAAAAUUUUUGCUAGGAAAUUGUAUGUUUGCAAGGUAUUUUGUGUUUUUGGUUUUUAAACUACUUUAAAGAAUGGUCUAUGACAAGUGAUGUGUUUAAUUUAUAUUAGAAAAUUUUUUUCCUGUGCCAAAGUUGGGAUAUUACAUUCUAAAUGAGAUGCAAAGUAGGAAUUAGCCAGCAUUUAAAUAUGAUUUUUAAACAGCUGGAUUUUGUUGUAAAUUAUUGUUAGCACUGUGAUUUGGAAAAUUUAUAGAAAAAACACCUGAGGUACAGGGGGGCAAGUUCUUUUAUUUAAACCUUCCAUAUCUGUUUACCAGUAAAAACUAAUCGUGGCCUCUCCCCUAAAAAUACUAGCUUUUAAAAUAGAUUGUAAAAUAUUUUGAAAAUAGUAUUUUUGAAUGUAAAGUAUCAUUGAUUCACCCAAGCUAGGAAAGGCCUCAAGUACCUCAGACUGGUAAAAACUGGUAGUUGAUUAUUUUCAUUUUCUAAGAGGUGUUGUGAAAUAACGUAGAGAUCAGGAUCUAGCUUUUACCUUAGUUAAACAACAAGAUAAAUGUGUACAAUUCUAUCAUAAUAAAAAUACUACAUUUACAGUUUAAAAAUUGAUGCAUUAAUAAGCAAGUCUGCUACAAAGUUCUAUGUCAGGAAUAACCCCCUGCCCCCAUGUAUGUUGGUACCAAACCUCAAGUUUUUUUCCAUAAACCCACAGUAGAAUUUAAUCUAGAAAAGUACAUCAUAAUUAUCUUCACAAUUUGUAACUUAAAAUGGAAUCAAUUUAUCUUAUACAGCUUGCUUUUCAUCUCCUCCUUUAGUGAGAGUCAAAUAGAACAACUGUCCUCCAUAAGGAAAUGAAAUGCAGUUCUCUAUAAAAAUGUGUGUCUGAUAAAGCUAUGCAAGUGCUAAUUUUACAAAGUAAAGUAUCAGAACUAUUCCAUAGUUGUCACUUAACAAGUAAAGAGUUUGCCUUAUUUCACUAGUUAAAUGUCUAAUAGGAACCUUUCCUUCAGUUUGGUCAUGUAAAAAUUUGAGCUUCAGAUACCACCAUAUGAAAGUACUAUAUACCUAAUCAUAAAUGGCUAUAAAUGUUUCCUGUAAGAUAAUGGCUACUUCAUGAUUUUAAGAUGAUUUUUUAGGGGAAUGGGGCUGGGAGGCCAGAGUUGCCAGCCGUUUGGAUUGCUUUUUUUUUUUUAAUGACAUUUACUUGGGUUUUAGCAAGUUUUUACAGUAUCAGUAUCUGCCCUUUUAAUAAGGAAUGUCUCUCAAUCAACUAGAUAUUUCACAAAGGCAAAGGUAAGAAUAAUCUGGUUUAGUUAUCAUGAGGCACUUGCAGCAAAUAUUUAUGAAAAUCCUUUUAUGUAUAUUCUAAACUUUAUUAGUCAUUUUAUCUUAAUCUUUAAUUUUGGAUUAGCUCUUAGAGUUAUUAUUACAUUCUUUUACCAGUAUGGUUUCAAAUGUCUUUUCACUGAUGUAUAAUCAUCAGCAAGUACUUACUGACCAUAUCUAUAUUAUACCUCAAAAUAAAUUGGGCAAAUAAUCAUUUAAACAUUAACUGUGUUUUCCAAGUAUAAUCUCUCAUAUGGUUCACCACCCCUCCCCAAUAUAAAACACUAAUUAGUGCAGGUUAGUUCCCAUUUAUAAUAAUAUCUUGGUAUCUUAAUAAUACAACAUUUUGAAAAUCACAGAAACAAAACAUGAAAUACAAGCUUUUGGCAAUGUUACCUAGUCUUCAUUAUUAUUUGAGACCACUGAAAAACUACCACUCAAAAACUUUUUGCUGUUUUCUUCCUGUCAUCUUUGUGUUAUUCUGAUAACAUGCUCCAUACUCUCCCUACAUUAAAUUGUUUCAUUAACAUACAUCUGUCUACCUUAAAACUAGUCUCAUUCAAAGAAAUAUCUAAAAGGAAACUUCUAAACUUUUGUGAUAUGCUUAUCACUUCGACCAUAUACCAUAAAACUAAUUAGAAUUAUGAUAGCUCUUUGUCCUCUGCUAGAUACAACAUAUAUCCUCUUGUUCAUUCCUUCUAAGUCUCAUUCACUCUAAGUCUUAUUCAUUCUAUGUCUGUUAGGCACUAGCCUCUAACAAAGAAUCAGACAAAGUCUAGUGACUUGGCAUAAAGAUAAGUAUGACAUGAUUUUCUGCACUUAAGUUGCUCAAAAUCUCCUGAAAGGAAAAAUUUAUAUUUAUUUGUAAUUAUGAUAAAUGCUAUAAAAGAUGUGUGAAGUGCUUUGGUAAAUACUGUUGGAUUGGAAUUUAAUGAGAACAUAAACUUAGACCUUUUUAUAUAAAAUUCUUUUGAAACAAAACAUUUCUUAUCAAUUACCAAAGGAGGUAGGAGGACAUUGCUGUUGACCUGAAUUACAGUGUUUUCUUAAUGAGUUGUAAGAUUUUUUUUUUCAUUUUAAAAUAAACACUGAACAAAUGUGUUGUUAAUGGUAUGUUCGUUAACAGGAAAAUAUAAAUAAAAUACAACAUCAAAGCCAAGUAGUGGAAUUCAUUUGACAUUUGAUAUUUUUACAAAAUAACAAACCCAGUUAAC